CUGAGCCGUCAUGUCGUCAUCACGCGCCGCCUGUAGAACAGCAGAAGAAGAAGUGAGCCCGCUCAGCGCUCAUAAGCAGAGCGCACUGGUCGUCCUCCCUCAUUCGACCUGCGGCUCCGCUGAUCAUCCAUCUGCUCAAGGAGAGUUACACGGUGACUGAAGCGGUAUUUUAAAACCACAUUGAGAAUGUCGGACGAGGGAAAACUGUUCGUCGGCGGACUGAGCUUCGACACCACCGAGGACUCUUUGAGCGCGGCCUUCGGCAAAUACGGAACCAUCGAGAAAGUGGAUGUGAUCAGAGACAAAGAGACUGGAAGAUCUCGUGGUUUCGGCUUUGUUAAGUACAACAACAUCGAAGACGCGAAAGAUGCGUUGGAAGGCAUGAACAGCAAGACCCUGGAUGGCCGUCAAAUUCGCGUCGAUGAAGCAGGAAAGGGUGGCGGACGCCCAAGGACCGGAUUCAGCUCAGCCCCAAGAGGAGGACGAUUCGGUUCCAGUGGCCGUGGUAGGGCAGGCCGUGGUUACUCCAGAGAAUUCGGAGGUGGCGGAUACAACAAUGAUCGUGGAUACGGGGAGAGGAAUAGCUAUGGCGACCGAGGCUUCAGCGGAGACAGGAGCUUUGGUGGUGGUGGAAGCGGCGGCGGAUACAGGAGUGGUGGUGGUGGAGGUGGUGGUAGCGGAUACUCCUCAGGCAACUACAGAGAGAACAGAAAUCAGGGCGGAUAUGGCGACCGCACUGCAUCCUACCGCGAAGGAUAUGACAGCUAUGCUACACACGAGUAAACACCUCCCCGAUUCAAGAUCAUCACUUGGCUGGCUGUAUUUCAAAGAUGCGCUCCUCAAGAAAAAUGUCCACGUGUUAUUGCUGACCUUAGUUUUGUAGUUUUGUUGUAGUAGCUCAAACAUCUUAAAAAAUGUAGCCAUGAGUUUUGGUAAUUCCUUAACAAACCAUGUUAUAAAUUGCAGUUCCAGACUCUUACCUUGCUUGAUUGGACAUUUUUUUAUUCCUCCAAAAGAUCCGUUUCACUAAAAGGCAUCUCUGUAAUCUGAUUAGUACUUUAAGUCCAAAUUUGGGCACCAGACAACUCUCCACAUGGCUUUUCGUUGAACGGCCACUACAGUCGCUGUAGACUUCUUGUCCAGCACAUUAAGUGUUCCCUUAUUUGAUUCCUUAUCUAGUUUUUGGGUUUGUUUUUUUAUAUUGAAAUAUCUGAUGGGGCUUUUUGUUUUUGUUAUCAUUUCCCCUCUCAGUCCAUGUGACUCACCUACCUCUUGUCAGGUUUUAAACUGAGUGAGAAGAGGUCCCUUUACUAUAGAACAGGAAGGGGAUUUUAUGCUAAAUUCCUUUUACUAUCAAAAACUUAGUUUAGCUGAGGCUCCUGUAUGUUCAAUUUCCCAAAAGAGUGAAUUCCUUUCAGACUGGUGAACUACACAUCCGAAGUGGCCGGCUGUUCAUGAAGUUGCAAAUUGCAGCAUGCUACAGUCUGUCCAAGGUAUCUUCUGUGCUCAACAUCUGCAUUUUAAAUGUGCUGUAAAAUGGACUAAUCUUGUUUAAGUGAUCGAAAAAUGUACCUUCGUUUCCCCAAAGUAAUAUCUCAACCGGGAACAGUUUUGUACUUUAUGUUCUUUGUAUGAUCAACUUUUUUUUCUUUGUCAGUUUGGCUUCAUGGAGCCUAUUAAACAGACUGUGGAAAAUAA